GGCAAAUCUUCAUCUUGCCUCAUAUCAGCUCUAGUACAUAGUUGGCCGUUGCCCAGUGAUAGCGCUCCUAAACCAGAACCCCCCCUGUGCGCCGGCUCUAGAAGGUCGUCAGGUUGAUUUCCGCUCCGCCCCUCCCUUCCCUAGCGCCUCGAGGUAUUAUUACCGUCACUUUUACAAGUGCUCCCAACACUUCUGUCGCUCUUUAUCUCCUCAUUGCCUCUUGCCUCGAGUGCACCAAGUCACCUCGACCGUGUUCGUGUUGCCUGUGCCACGCUUGUCCUUGGACGCGCAAGACAUCAUCAGUCAGCAGCGCUAGCCCACUACCACUGCUACUGCAACUGCAACCACGCUUUCUCCAGCGCCGCACCUCCUUUGACCUUCACCAACACCUCUACCGUCCCUCGUUAGCCACCACCCGCAGCCAUGUCAGACGAGAAGAUGAGAUCCUCUGUAGAGGCGUCGCGCGACACAGCCCUGCCUGUGCUCCCGACUGUCAACCCAGAGGCGCAGAAGCCCCAGCCCGAGGCGCCAUCUUUCCAUCCUGCAGUAUACAUUGCAACAUGGAUCACUCUCAGUUCCAGCACAAUCGUCUUCAACAAGUACAUCCUAGAUACAGCCAAGUUCCACUUUCCCAUUUUCCUGACAACAUGGCAUUUGGUAUUUGCGACCGUCAUGACCCAGAUCCUCGCCCGCUUCACCACCGUCCUCGACUCGAGGAAAAAGGUGCCCAUGACCGGACGCGUAUACCUGCGAGCCAUCGUUCCCAUCGGUAUCUUCUUCAGUAUGAGCUUGAUCUGCGGUAACCAGGCAUACCUCUACCUGAGUGUGGCCUUUAUCCAAAUGCUCAAGGCUACUAUGCCCGUCGCCGUCCUUCUCACCACCUGGGGUCUCGGAGUUGCGCCUGUCAACCUGAAGACGCUCGGAAAUGUGUCCUUCAUCGUUAUUGGUGUCGUCAUUGCCUCGAUGGGAGAGAUCCAAUUCGUCAUGAUCGGUUUCCUCUUCCAGUGCGCUGGUAUCGUUUUCGAGGCUGUCCGUCUGGUCAUGGUUCAGCGCCUGCUCAGCGGUGCCGAUUUCAAGAUGGACCCGCUCGUCUCCCUCUACUACUACGCCCCUGCUUGCGCUGUCAUCAACGGAUUCAUCUUGCUCUUCACCGAGCUUCCCCAGAUGACCAUGGCUGAUGUGGACCGUGUCGGUCUUAUGACUCUGCUGGCCAACGCAUCUGUUGCUUUCCUGCUCAACGUCUCGGUCGUUUUCUUGAUUGGCAAGACCUCCUCGCUCGUCCUUACCCUCUCCGGUGUACUCAAGGACAUUCUCCUCGUCUUUGCCUCCAUGUUCCUCUUCAAGGACCCCGUCACCCCUCUCCAGGCUUUCGGUUACGCUAUUGCGCUUGGUGGUCUUGUGUACUACAAGCUCGGCGGAGAGAAGUUGAAGGAGUACCUCGGCCAGGGCAGCAUGAAGUGGCAGGAGUUUGGCCACACCAGGCCCGUUCUCCGCAAGUUGAUGGUCUUCGCCGCUGUUGUCAUCGGCAUGUUCCUCGUUCUUGGCUCUCUCGGACCCCGUUACGCUCCCGACUCGACCAACCAGGUCUACAACGGUAUCGGCAAGCUCAUCGGCGACAAGGCUGUAUAAGAACUCGGCCUUCCACGACGAGUCGAUGCCAGUUUCUAGCCCAGAGCAUACGCACUCGCAGUACGCUCGGCUGCCCUUGAUUUCCUUCCCCCUUGUUGUUUUAUCUUUAGCUUGGAGCGGAUUUGGAGUGUACGGUGACCGGUGUUUAUACGCAUAGACGAGCAGGAACUUCUCAUGCUGACGGAGCCUUCUUUGAGACUUUUUGUGGUUCGGUACGCGACAGUGGUGUCUACCGCAUGUCAGGGAGCAAUGACAGGGAAUGAUUAAGUAACACGUUUUUGACACAUAGAUCUUGCAGGCAUUCACAGAAACUGCGAGCGAAAGUAAACACUUCUAGCUACAUAAUGGUAAUGCUUGCGAGCAGCCUCUUCAACUGUGUCU